AUACACUCAUCAUUGUCGUACAUCAAGAGAAGAGAUGGGGGACAAUCUGAUCAUUAGGGAUUUCGCUUAUGCUCAGAGCGACGAUAGAUAUAAAGGUUUACACUCUAAUUUAAGACCUUCUAUAAAGACAAUGCUAUACGAUUUUGAACCCCUGAAUGAAUCAGAGUUGGGUGUACAUGAGGGCGAUCUCGUCUACGUUAUAUCUGAGUUUAGUGAGGGUUGGGUGGUAGCACGACGAGUUGAGGAAUUUAAUAACAAGGAUGAUUAUAAAUUACAAGAGAUUGAAGGCAUCAUCCCUUUUAGCUAUAUUGACUGGAAUUUCGAUCUUCAGUUUAGUCUGGAAUGAAGCACUGACCAUUCCACUAUUCAUUCACUCACUAACUCCACCAACCUUAGCCUUUUACGAUGAAAAUAAUAUUUAUCUUACUACAAUUUAUUGGAUUUUUACUAGCCAUAGUACCUACACCAAAAGAAUACUCAAAUGGCGACUCCUUCUUGAUCCUCAAUAAUGACAUCUCAAUUAAUUCCCCUGAUUUCGCAACUACUUUAAUAGAAAACACUAUCAAUAACAUCAAACAAUCUCAACAUAGACGUCUCUCCAUUGGAUUAGGUGGUGAAGAUAUUGAGCAACUCAGCCUUGCAACUUCAUUCAUCAACACCCUUGAAGUGACCAUCGAUGACUCAACUUCUAUUCAAGAUAUUUUCAACCAGCCUAUUGAUCAACGUAAUGAACAAUACACUCUUAAUAUCCCUGACGAUGGCGAUGACGUUACAGCUGUGAUUACCUCAAACAACAUUUUAGGUUUACACAGAGCAUUAGCAACAUUCGAACAACUCUUUUACGUCAACCCAUCAGAUAGUGAUCAACACUACAUUAACAAUGCACCAAUUGAGAUUGAAGAUGAACCUGAAUUCGGUUGGCGUUCAAUCAUGUUAGACACUUCACGUAACUACUACAAGAAAGAUUCUUUGAAGGAUCUUAUUAAAGCAAUGGCAUUCGUUAAGCUCUCUGUCUUUCACUGGCAUAUAACUGAUCAACACUCAUGGCCAUUAGUCACUGACGUACACCCUGAACUUUAUGAGAAGGGUUCAUACCCUGGUAUGCUUUAUACUCAAGAAGAUGUUGAUGAAGUAAUAACAUUCGGACAAGAAAACGGAGUUGAUGUAGUUAUAGAAUUAGAUCUUCCCGGCCACACUCAAUCUGUCGCUGAAUCACACGCUGAUUUAGUUUCAUGUAUAGACAGAAGACCAUGGUCAAACUAUGCAGCUGAACCACCUGCUGGACAAUUAAACCUUGAAAAUGAAGCGGUUUUGCCAUUCGUUAAGGAAAUUCUCGAUGAUUUACUCCCACGUACAAAAUCACACUACUUCGGUACAGGUGGUGACGAGCUUAAUCCAGCAUGUUAUGAUAUGACAACUGAAACUCUUGCGCCACUUGUUAGAGAUUUCCAAGAACAAUUGACUGAAAAAUUAAACGAAUAUGGUAAAGUUGGUGUCGUCUGGCAUGAAUUGUCAACAGAGUAUGAGAUGCCACUCCCAGAUGGUACAUUAGUAAUCAACUGGUCGACUGCGGAUUUCACAAGCGAGAUUCUUUCAGCACAACCAGAGGGUGUGAAGAUUAUCCACGCUGCUUCGGAUUACAUGUACCUCGAUUGCGGUACAGGUGGAUGGCUCGGUGGUGCACCAGAUGGAACAAGUUGGUGUGAUCCUUUCAAGAGCUGGCAAAAGAUUUACUCAUUUGACGCUUAUGCUAACAUGUCAGAAAACGACAAGGCUAGAGUAGCAGGUGGAGAGACCACGCUUUGGUCAGAGCAAUCUGAUUCCGCCAACUUUGAAUCACUCAUUUGGCCACGUGCUGCUGCUGGAGCUGAAGUAUUCUGGACACACCCAUCACCAGAAUCAAGAACUACAAAUGCGGAUGAUGCACUCUUCAGAAUGCACGACGUUAGAUACCGUCUCGUUGACAGAGAUGUCCAUGCUGCCGCUCUUCAACCAUUAUGGUGUGCAGUCAGACCAGGUCAGUGUAAUAUUUAAGAUUAGUUUAAAGUGUAUUAAAUUGAUUAUACUUUUACAAUGCAUAAGUAAGCAAUUACAUGAACAAUAAGCAAAUUAACGAAUGCGAGGUCUCCAGAGUGGGAUACUAUUAAAACGAUUGACGGUAUUGACACCAAAGCUAGAGUCAAAAUCACUCUGUGGAUAAACACUCUGAAGUUGGCUUCUCGCUGUAUUCUCUAUACGUCUCAAUAUGUUUGAUCCGCGUUUCUUGAGGCUGACUUUUGGUUUUACACCCUCGUUGAUAUCUUUGUCGAGUUUGUCGAGCUCGAGAAGAUCCAUUUCGGAGAGAUUAUCUGUCAGUUGUCCUUCUAUACCAUUGAACUUCUCAGCUUUGGUCUCUACUUGAUUUUCCUCUGUCUUUUGGUGGACAUAACAUGUGCUUUCUUCUUGCACACCAUUGUUACUCUUCUCGGUAGUUUCUUCUAGUAUUUGCAUCUCUUCUUUACGAGUCCUAUCCAUUUCUCUGUCGAAUGCAGCACGUAAUGACUGGAAAGUCGCGCUCGGAGUGAAGACGUAACUAUCAUCCGCAAACAACUCCUUAUCAUAACUUGAAUAAAUCUCAAAGAAAUCGUGAUCUGGUGAAUCAAGCGCAUUAUCACCAUUUGAUAACGCUGGCGGGGUAGGCGAGCGCAAUCCAGUCUCUAUAAACCUCGGCGUAUCAGUACCUAUGCCCGGAUAUGGCAAGGGGGUAGGC